ACUGUCACUGCUAAAUUCAGAGCAGAUAGAGCCUGCGCAAUGGAAUAAAGUCCUCAAAAUUGAAAUGUGACAUUGCUCUCAACAUCUCCCAUCUCUCUGGAUUUCUUUUUGCCUCAUUAUUCCUGCUAACCAAUUCAUUUCCAGACUUUGCACUUCAGAAGCAAUGGGAAAAAUCAGCAGUCUUCCAACCCAAUUAUUUAAGUGCUGCUUUUGUGAUUUCUUGAAGGUCAAGAUGCACAGUGUGUCCUCCUCGCACCUCCUCUACCUGGCCCUGUGCCUGCUCACCUUCACCAGCUCCGCCACGGCCGGACCGGAGACGCUCUGCGGGGCCGAGUUGGUGGAUGCUCUUCAGUUCGUGUGUGGAGACAGGGGCUUUUAUUUCAACAAGCCCACGGGGUAUGGGUCCAGCAGUCGGAGGACGCCCCAGACAGGCAUCGUGGAUGAGUGCUGCUUCCGGAGCUGUGACCUGAGAAGGCUGGAGAUGUACUGCGCGCCCCUCAAGCCUAACAAGUCGGCCCGCUCGGUCCGUGCCCAGCGUCACACCGACAUGCCCAAGGCUCAGAAGGAAGUACAUUUGAAGAACACAAGUAGAGGGAACGCAGGAAACAAGAACUACAGAAUGUAGGAGGACCUUCCUGAAGAGUGAAGAAUGACAUGCCACCGGCAGGACCCUUUGCUCUGUACAAGUUACACCAGAAGACCUACCAAAAAAUAACAUUGAUAACAUUUCAAAAGAAAGCUGGGCAUUCCCCCAAUGAAAUACGCAAGUAAACAUUCCAACCUUGUCUUUAGGAGUGAUUGUUAAAAAAGUUUUGCACCUUGCAAAAAUGGUCCUGGAGUUGGUAGAUUGCUGUUGAUCCUUUAUCAAUAAUGUUCUAUAGAGAAAAAAUAUACAUGUGUAUAUAGAUAUAGGUAUCUAUAUACAUAUAUAUUAGUCCCUGCCUCUCAAAAGCCACAAAUGCAUGGGUAUUGUAGAGAUCCAGUUGCACUAAAUUUGUCUCUGAAUCUUGCCUGCUGGAGCCAUUCAUUCAGCAGCCUUGUAUGAGUGGUUUAUUAAUUUUUUUAUUUGCACUUCCUUCUAUACAACACAGGCUGUUGUUUUACAGUGUCUGAUAACCUUGUUUAUCUCUCCCCACCACUGCCAUCACCUUUAUAUUUGCCAAACUUGGCCUCCUCAAUAGCAGCGGCAAGCAAAGUAGCACACCUCUUUUCAACCCACAAGACUCCAUCCAUGGCAUUUGUACCAAAUAUAAGUUGGCCCAUUUAUUUUAGACACAAAGCUUUAUUUUUCCAU